AUGUCGUCGGAUGUAUUUGCUGGAUUAAUGUUCGCCUGCAAAGAUGUAAAUAAACUGUUGAUUAGCUGACCAGUUUCGUGCGAUGAAUCGUACGAGGACCGCAAUAUGUGCGUAGCUGCAUGCACAGAACCAUUUAUCCGGGAAUCCAAAGGUAGGGGCUCAAGAAUGGCGCGCGCGCGUAUGUACAACGAUCGAACGUAGCAGACGGAACAUAUUGUUUCGUCAACGUUUAUUUCUGUUCCGACGUGCGCAAAUUCUUCAUCGAGCACACACUAAUUGAUCAAACAAUUCUCCCAAGAUAUUUCCAUUGGAAUUGUACUUAUUCCCUGAGAUUUCCAUUGUUGAAGAUCCUCCUUGGCCAACCUCUCACUCUGCCCGUCCUCUUGUCUAUUUACUCGAUUUCCGAUCCGCGAUGGAAACGUCAAUGUGACAAUCACAGAUAUGGCAUUGGUAUCAGAUUAAUUUUAAAAACAGUGAAACCGUGAAAUGAGAGAAAAUGCUUCGGUGUAGCCUGACGUGGCUAGUGAAAAAUUCGUUAAAAUUCACUUGUGAAAACAAUCUCGCGAUAAUGCGCGAGGAGAGCUAUUACUUUACGUUUAAUCUCUGAUAAAGACCAUCGAGUGGGAAAUUUCCAGUAAUGUAUAUUUAUGUUUAAUUAUCUUGAGUCAGAAGUAUUCGUUAAACUGUCUUUCAGCAUCUUGCAGCCUUGUUCUCCGUUGCAGCGUGUUCUCUAUCUGUUAUCGUUUAAACAACUGCAACUUUUUGCAGAUGAACGUUCCACUAUAUGGGCUUCUUGGAGUUGCGGCUGCUGUACUCGUGUAUGUCUUUGGAAUUGGAAUGAUAGCGAAGCUGUUUGUUUGUCUGCUAGCCUUAAUUUUAGGAACAAUCACGUGUAUAUAUAGAACGUAUGGCGCAAAUGUCGACAAAGCAGUUAAAUCUGAAAGGGAAGACUUAAACGAGAAGACUGAAAAGUUACGGCAAUAUAUUCUAGAUCUGUCCAACCAGAAGAUGACUUUUACUUUAGAUAGGAGAAUCACCGGCAGCCGCAUUAUUGACGAGUCCCUGCAAGUACAUAGUCGAUAUAAGAAUUUUUAUUGCUUUUACAUAUAUGUAGUCCAACGUGAAAUAGUAAGAGUAACAGAUUAUGUGGAACCAUGGUACAGCGUUAUUACAGACGACGAGGAAUUUAUAUAUUCCGUUCGAGAUACUGCUCAGAAAAUAGCCAUCAAUAUUGCAAAUCGAGUGAAAGGUGUGGACUGGAUACCAUAUUUAACUACGCGCCUCGUGGACGAUGCAGCUUCCCACGUUAGAUUGUAUCGACAGGCAAGAGCGAGGAUAAAGCAACUUCGGUCGAAGAAACUGCAGAAAGGUAGUGCAAGCUCGAGCACUUCCAGUGGCACACCUAAGAAGACACCCACACAUAGACGGAAUAAAAGCGAGACAGAUGUAUCCUGGUAUUCUCAGUCCAAGUUCUACAUUCCGAAUUUAUCUUCUCUCACCGAGCCAAUCGAGAGCAACGAAGAGAAAGAAGAGGAGUCGCUGGAGAAAAUAUUUUUCGAUCUGGAGGUGCAGAUGGAGAACAAUCUAAUCUGCAGGGACCUAGUAUCCACUAACAGCAUCCAGGAACUCGAAUUUUUGGGAGAAAUAUCUGAAAUUCUGUUGUAUCUCGUAUUGCCAAAGGGAGACUUUGAUUGCCUGACUGUGAGAUUUAUAUUAAGGGAAUUGUUAGUGAACGUGAUUAUCAAACCAUUGUUGGAUUUAUUCUCUGAUCCUGAUUAUAUUAAUCAGGCGUGUAUAUGGCUGUGUGCUAAGGAAGGUGGCUUACCCAGCGACGUGUUUUUAACGGUGAUCAGAGUAACCGAUAGCUUAGACGAAUUGACGGCGACAAAGAACAUAGUUUGUAAAGAAAUAGCUCAUCUUCGUUCCAAGGAUUCUGGAGGGGAGGAUGAUCUAUCAGUGAAGCAACAAUUGAAUAGUUUACUUUAUGUGAAAAAGAUCUUAGAAACCAGAAUUAUCGGAAUGCAAGAGGGGCUGGAGUCGGAGGCCGACGGAAUCGGUACUCAGCCCGAUUGGAACAGGCUGCUAAUACCCGGGCAGAAGUUAGUGAAUUUACCUCUAGACGAACUACUGAAAAACAAUAUCGCCUUAAGUUACUUCAUCGACUACAUGACCUCCAUAAAUGCAGAAUCGUACCUGUUCUUUUACCUGAAUAUCUAUGGCUGGAGAGUAUCGGCGGAGCAACAGAUAUCGAACAUUGAAUUACAAAAGCUGCACGUGGCCCAAGCGUCUCCUGCUCUCGUAGGCACUAAGCGUAAAAACACGGAUCUGGAAAAUUUGAAGGAAGCGGCCACCAAAAUUUAUCAGCAGUACCUCAGCGACAAGGCAUCCCCUAAGUUGCAAUUAGACGAUGUCUUGGUAAAGACUUUGUUGACCAGAAUAAGAACCGAACCUGUGAAAGAGACGUGGUUCGACGAUCUCAGAUCUUGCUGUUACGAAAAAUUACAGAAUGAAGAUCGAUUUUUACCAGGUUUCAAAAGGUCCAUGGCUUACGUAAAGCUACUGGCGGAAUUAGAUCUCCUGAAAGAUCCGACGUCUGAAGAGGACACGAAAUCUUUGGAUAGUAUUAGCUUGUCGAGUACAAAUAACGAAUUGGAGACGCUGGACGAGAUGUCCGAGAUGUACAAAUCAGAGGACGCUAAACCAGCUGAAUUGAAAAAUAGCAAAGAGAAGUCUAGCUCUUCGACGAGUUUGGCCAGUAUUGUGGAGCCAAAUGAGGACAAAUCAACCGAGUCUGAUUCAACGAUCAACGUUAAGACCGUGAAAAGCAUGAGGAAAGCGGCCAGCAUCGAUACAGAUCACAUUAGCGAGGGCAAAGACGUUUCUUUCUACCUGGAAUCGAAUGCAGAGCAAUUUGUUAAAUUGGAUGAAAAUACUUACGAUCAGAAUGCCAUUAAGAAGCUGCAACAGGGAAAAUUCGAAAUUACUGCCAAAAUUAUCGAGACUGGAAUAGUUAAUGAUCGCGGGAAAACUUACGGGAUCUACGCAGUAGCCGUGACUAAGAAUUACGACUCCGGUUAUCAGGAGAAGUGGCACAUUUAUAGAAGAUACUCUGAUUUCUAUAAUCUUCAUCAGAAGAUCAAGGAAAAGUACUAUGACCUGGCGAAAAUUCCUUUUCCAGCGAAGAAAGCUUUUCAUAACAUGGAAAGAACAGUUUUGGAAAGAAGAAUGUUGAUGUUGAAUGCUUGGCUGCAUCAAUUAACAAAACCAGCUGUCGUCGAAGGACACAUGGGUCUACAGAAUUUGUUAUUGAGCUUUCUGGAACAGGGGGAUUACGACAAAGGCGUCACGGGUGGACAGAUAUCCAAAACGAUAGAUACUCUGAUGAACCCGUUGAAAACGUCAAUGAAAACAGUAACUCAGGCAGUGAAAACUAUGCCGGAUAAUAUGCUGAAUACAGUAGAUGAAGUUAUGGACAAUAUAAGUAAAUUCUUUGGCAAUCCAAAAAAAUCUAACGCCUUCCAUGAGAACACCAAAGUUAGUGCUAGUCUGGACGUGGAGACCGACGACAACAUUCCUUUACGAAUAAUGCUACUGUUGAUGGAUGAAAUUUUCGACCUAAAAGUAAGAAAUCAGUGGCUCAGACGAAGAAUAAUCACGUUACUCAGACAGAUUAUUCGCACUAUGUUUGGCGACAUAGUAAAUCGAAGAAUAGUCGAAUACGUUUCCCUACUAACAAGUCCAGCCAGGGUAGCUGGAUAUCUAAAAUUAUUUAAGAAUAGUUUUUGGCCCAAUGGAAUCAAAGCUGAGAAGAAACCACCGAGGGACGCUGAAAUGAAAAACAGGACAAGAGUGGCAGCCAAGGUGGCACUCUUGUCCUGCCUUUCAGACGAAUUGAAACAUAUCAUAGGUAGUGAAACAACCAGGAGAGGUCUCCUGAGAGUGUUCGAAUUGUUCCAGCGACCUGUACUCAACAGAAGACUUCUGUAUGUGCUUCUAGAAGGAAUUGUCGAGACUCUGUUUCCUCAGAACAACUUGGUGGACAUUUUCCGGAAACUCUACUCGAUUUCACCAAGGGUGCAACAUAGAAACUUUCAGAGAACUUAAAAUCUGAUAAUUUUAUUCAGUGUUUCUCGGAUUUAAGAACGCCUACGAAUCUCUUUUUUUUUUAUCAAAUACUGUCUGCACCAAAGAUAUUGAACGGAGUGAAACGUGGGGAUAAUUACUGUAAUCCUUGAUUUCUCACGAACUAUGAACGAAAAUAAAAAUUGACGAAUACGCAUUCUACGAAGGAUAUUAGAGGAACUAAUACUUAAGCCUAGUUGAAUUGUAAAAUACAAAGGACAUAUUUCAGUCGAUGCUCAAGCGGAAGAUUACCUAAAAACUCGUUAGGACUAAAGUGAUCAUAUACAUUAUUAUCCCGAGCAACCAAUUUCGUUGCAAUAAAUGAAAGGAGGGAAGUAGAAAAAUUUUUCAAACUGGGAACAAUUUGAAAGUUCUGUAGAAAAAAAAAAGGAGGGUUUGUAAACCAUAAUCUCAAUUUCUAGUAAUAUAUAUAUUGGGAUAAAAUAAGAGCAGUAAUCCAGUGGCCAAAUAAAUCUAAUAAACAAUUUACAUGAAUUAAUUCGAGCACUUUAAUCGAAUGUUUCGCUAAUAGGUUACGAAACGUUUCGAUUAUCUCGUAGAUACACGCGUAUUUAAGAACAUUAUGCAUUCCAAUUUGCAUUUUAACAAUGUACUUCAUAAAGGAACACUUUUUACACGUGUACUAGAAGACCAACUUUUCUCAUGGCGGUGUUAUUCUUUAGCAUUACGAACCGUCGCGAAAAUAUAUACUUAAUUCGCCAAAAUACAUUUUCAAUAUAUCGUGCCAUUUCAAGCCCACAACGUAGCAAGGGGGAUAA